GCUUCGGAAGGAGCUGUCAUCCGCUGUCGUUUUCUCCUUCUCGCCCCCCGUCAACACACAAUCGCGACGGGAAUCGAACGGCAAAUGUGAGCAGCUCACAGAGGAGCCACGAUGGGAGCCGCACCGAGACCUUUCCCUGGUGUCAAGCCGCUGAACAGGCUCCUGCUGGCGCCGUCCGUGCUGACGUUCGUGUUGGUCGGCGUCCAGGGCGAUAGCCAUGCGAUGGACAACGUCGCGACGGAGCGGAUGGCUGAGGAGAGCCACCGCCAGGACAGCGCCAAUCUCCUCAUAUUCAUAAUGCUCUUAACGCUCACCAUCCUCACCAUAUGGCUGUUCAAGCACCGCAGGUUCCGGUUCCUGCACGAGACCGGACUCGCCAUGAUCUACGGUGUGUUGGUGGGUGUGAUCCUGAGGUUCGGGGUCCACGUGCCCCAGAGCAUGAACGAAACGGUCCUCAGCUGUGCCGUCAACGCUAGCCCCGCCACUCUGUUGGUCAAUGUCAGUGGCCGAUUCUACGAGUACACCCUGAAGGGGGAAGUCAGCCGCAGCAAAGGUCACCAAGUGCAGGACGACGAGAUGCUCAGAAAGGUGACCUUUGAUCCAGAAGUGUUUUUCAACAUUUUGCUGCCACCCAUCAUCUUCCACGCUGGCUACAGUCUGAAAAGGAGACAUUUUUUCAGAAACAUCGGCUCCAUCCUGGCCUAUGCUUUUGUGGGAACAGUUAUAUCGUGCUUUGUUAUUGGGUUGAUCAUGUAUGGCUUUGUGUCCUUCAUGAAAGUUGUGGGACAGCUAGGGGGAGAUUUUUUCUUUACUGACUGUCUCUUCUUCGGGGCCAUCGUUUCAGCAACAGACCCAGUGACAGUGCUGGCUAUCUUCAAUGAGCUCAAGGUGGAUGUGGACCUGUAUGCUUUACUGUUUGGGGAGAGUGUCCUCAACGAUGCUGUGGCCAUCGUCCUCUCUUCCUCCAUUGUGGCGUACCAGCCGACAGGAGACAACAGCCACAGCUUUGAGGCCAUGGCCCUGCUGAAGUCCUUCGGCAUCUUCAUCGGUGUCUUCAGCGGAUCCUUCGCUCUCGGUGUGGCCACUGGAGUCAUGACGGCCCUCGUGACCAAGUUCACUAAGUUGAGAGACUUCCCCCUGUUGGAGACGGCUCUUUUCUUCCUCAUGUCCUGGAGCACGUUCCUGUUGGCUGAGGCCUGCGGCUUCACAGGUGUAGUUGCUGUGCUGUUCUGUGGGAUCACUCAGGCUCACUACACCUACAACAAUCUGUCCCCGGAUUCUCAGGACAGGACCAAACAGUUGUUUGAGCUGCUGAACUUCCUGGCAGAGAACUUCAUCUUCUCCUACAUGGGCCUGACUCUCUUCUCCUUCCAGUCACAUGUCUUCAACCCUUUGUUCAUCAUUGGAGCUUUUUUGGCCGUGUUUCUGGGCAGAGCAGCAAACAUCUACCCUUUGUCCUUCCUGCUCAACUUCGGCCGCAAGAGGAAGAUCGGCUCCAACUUUCAGCACGCCAUGAUGUUUGCAGGUCUGCGCGGGGCGAUGACCUUUGCUCUCUCCAUCCGAGACACGGCGACGUACGCUCGUCAGAUGAUGUUUUCCACCACCCUCCUCAUCGUCUUCUUCACCGUGUGGAUCUGCGGAGGCGGCACCACGCCCAUGCUGUCCUUCAUGAGCAUACCGGUGGGUGUGGACUCGGAUCAGGACAACUCUAGUUCUGCGGUGCUGGAUGGGUCGCAGCGGAGGAACACUAAACACGAGAGUGCGUGGCCGUUCAGGAUCUGGUAUAACUUCGACCGAAACUACCUGAAGCCCCUCCUGACGCACAGCGGACCUCCUCUCACUGCUACCAUGCCGGCUUGUUGUGGCCCAUUGGCCCGAUGCCUCACCAGCCCACAGGCCUAUGAGAAUGAAGGUCAACUGCAUGACGAUGACUCUGACUUCAUCCUCAACGACGCCAGCGUGAGCUCCAUGUACGCCGACGUGACCAUCAGCACCGACGCAUCCGGAUCCCGCACCAUCAACCGCAAUCGCUCCUCCACCGCCAGCGCAGGGUGCAACCCGUUCGACGAAGGCCUGGACCACGACCUCUCCCUGGCAGAACACGAGGUGCCGAUCAGAGGCACCCGGCUGGUUCUGCCGAUGGACGACCCGUUGGACCUCCCGACCACGGUCACGCUGCCCCCGCCGCCCUCCCCGCUGCGCUCCGACCCUCGCAGGCACAGACUGUAAGACAUGCAGUGUCGGGAAGCGUAAAAAAAAAACUUAUUUUCUCAAGAAGAGAAAAUCUGUGUUGGUAUUUUUUAUUUUCAAUUUAAACUGUUUUUGUUUCAUGUGGAUGCAGGCCUCCUCCCUUGUCUCUUGCUUUGUGACAAACUUGAGGCUGGUUUUAUUUAACUCUUGAAUGUGAAUGCACUAUAUGUAAAGUAAGGUACUGUAAAUUAAAAUCGCCUCAAAACUACUGGCUACCUAAAUACAACGCAAGAUGCACAUUUAGCUAAUGUUUCAGGAGGCAAAAAAAAAAAUGGGGCAGUAGUGUUUGCUUCCCGGUGUGUACUACUGUGACAUUGUGCUUUUAUCUGUGCUCUCUCAAAGCUCUGAUCAUCCUCUGGCUGCAGUGAUCCCUCAAACAGUUUCAUAUGCAGUUUCAUUUGUUUUAGCUUCUGUCAGGUAUUUGUAUGAUGAUGCAAUGUUCACAGGUACGCAGAAACUUAGCUCUCGUGGCACUUACUAACAUUCAGUGUUGUUAUGGAGCAUUUUACUCACAUUACUCGUGUAUCUUAAGCGUAGUCAAUGUGACCUGGAGCUCUCUUUCCCUGCGUCCUGUAUGUUUGCCUCUCGUCAAAGAGAUGAAACCGGGGAUUUUGAUUGGCCAAAGAGACAAGGACAUUGGGAUCUGUGAUGGGAGGAGGGGUGUUCUUAAAAUAUAUUUUCUAAAGAUUAGAGGUAAAGUAGAUGUGCAGUGUUUAGCCUCUUAAUCGAUAAGUCGAUUGACAGAAACUUAAAUGGAGACUUUUUCAACAUUGCAGUAAUUCGAUCACUUAUCUUUUCUCUCAAUCGUAAUUUGUUCAGCAAAAAAAUACAACUGUGUUAUUUCAGCUUCUCAAAUAUGAGAAUUUCUUCUUUUCUUUAUGACACUAAAUUCAACAGUUUCGCACUGUUUCCCUUGGAGAAAUAUGAACUGGCAUUUUCCCUAUUUUUUACAGCAUGAAUCCUCGUAGAAUAAACAUUAAAUUGAUUAUUCAAGAAAAAUUAUUAUCAGUUGAAUGAAAAUAAUCUUAAAUCGCAGCCCUAAGCUACCAUAGAUUCCAUAAGGCCCCAAAAAAUGAUGUCACUGCUUCCCUAACAGCGUCCAGGAGCAUCUUCAGCACCGCCCGCCUCUUCUCUUCAGUCAAUCUUUUUACUAUAUACGAUUCAUUUUAUUUUUGAAAUCUUUUAUUUAUAAAUGAUUUGUGUAGUUUAUUUAUUUAUUUAUGAUUUAUGUUUUGAAGUGCGAGUGUGAAAAGCUCUCUGACUGAAGGUACGUUGUAAAGCAGGGAAGUGAUGCUGGAGGCAGACGCUCAUUCUCUGCCGUCCUCGACGUUGUGUUCAUGUUUUAAACAAAUGUCAAACUGUAGCAAGCGCUUCUACUUGAUACUUGGAAACUAGAGCUUCCCUGUUUGUGUGUGUGGCAAAUCUGGCCAAAGUUACUGACGUCAUAACCAGGGCUAAUUUCUAUUUCUUGUUUCUCUGUUGUCAUCUGGUUUAACUGUAGAGAAAAAAAAAAAGAGUUAACUGCGGUGUCUUUGUGAUGUGGUAUCAUCAAAGAUGACUCUUGAGGGCUGGCUGAACUGUUUUGAAUUAAAGUGCCUAUUCAGAAAUUCAAUUUACCUGAUGUAGAUUUGUAUAUAUUUGAUUUGCUUAUGUGCAGUAAUAUAAUCUCUUUUUGGUUUUUAUAUGACUCUAUAAUUUCUCUGUCAGACAUUGUUUUCCCAGUAUAAUAAUUUAACUGCCAUUUGACUUUUUUUUCUUGAAGCCCUAAAGAGUGCAAACUAAAAUAUUGAAUUUGCAUUAAUGCAGAAUAACACUUCAUCUUUUGUCAGAUAGAAUUUUGUGAACUGUUUACUUGUGGAAACUGGAUUCCAAAAAGAGUUGAUGUGGCUUGAGUCAUCAGGAGCUGAAUUUAAAUUUGAAGGGAGAGCUUCUCAUUCACAGGAUGAUGGUUUGUCCGGUUUGGACGGUUUUUGGCAACUGAGCUUGUCCAUUCUAUUCUCACCUGAGUGAGAGAUAUUUCUAGGCUGAGCAGGCCCGACUAACAGAGCAAGGCUGACUUUUACGACUUGGGAAGUAAUAAAAUCCUGGUCAGAAUCACAUGUUUACUUUAAUUAUGUAACCCUUUUAGUUCCUCUUCAAGCAGUGAUCUUUAUUUGACGGUUGAUUUCAUACUUAUAUUUGAACCAUAAAAACAAACUUUGUUUAUGUGGACAUUUUUAAGUUAAAGCUUAAAAUAGAGCCACAACUAAAACAAAAAAAAUCUGAAAAUGUUACACUUUGUUUCUACUGUUUGCAAAACUGUUUAAUGACAGAUGUAUUUGUGAAUACUACACCUGCAAUAGGUCUAUAUGUAAAUGUUUUUUUUAAAUGUGAUGUUAUGUUGGGGGAAAAAAAGAUCAUCUCAGAUUGAAUAGAUAUUUCCCUGUGUUGUUUCCGAAGUUAUUAACGGUGUGUCCUCGGACAUCCUGCGAGUGUACAGGUAGUAAAUAAAAACUGUUCAAUGAAAAAUAAA